AUGGAUGGUAAAAAUGAAGAUUAUGAUUCCUUUGAGCAAUAUAGUCAUAAUCGUGAUGCGUAUAAGCAGAUUCGAGGUAGGGUUGCAGAUGAAUUGGAUUCAUUUCCUAAAUAUAUUAUUGCAGAACCAACAAACAAUGAUGUUUUUAUUAGUAUGGAAUGCUUGAGACUAAGAAAAUACUUGAUGAAUUUCGGUACUAAGGAAAAUUGUAAACAGAAAAAUUGUUGUCAAUACAUAAAAUACUUGUUAAAUAAAAGUGUACGCUCAGAUUAUAAGUUAAAUACAUCUAGUUUUGAUAUUUAUAAAUCUUAUAUGAACCAUGAGAAUAAUAAUAAUAAUAAUAAUGAGAUAAUGAAUUUCUGUUUACCGAAAAUAUAUUACAUGGAUGUGGGUAAAUAUAAUAAAAUUGAUAAGUUAUAUGCUGCAUACGAGAAAUGUCAGUCUUUCAUUUCUAAUAAGGGUAAUACUAAUUCAUGUCUUCAUGCUAAAAUAUGCGAAAGAGCAUAUAAUGAUAUUAUUAAUCCUAUAUAUACAAAUACUGGUGAUACUAAAUUUUGCAAAAUAUUAAAAGUUCUUAAGGAUUUUCUUGAAGGGUAUGAACCCCAAUCAACAGGUGAUUGCAAUUCGAGAUUUUCA